AUGACUAAAUUAACUAUUGAACCCGAUGGAAUUAAAUACUUUUUACCACAUCAUGGUAUUUUAAAAGAAAUGAGUACGACAACUCGUUUACGCGUAGUUUUUGAUGGAAGCUGUAAGACGUCUACAGGGUGGUCGCUUAACGAUCUACAAUAUAUCGGCCCUAAAGUUCAGAAUGACAUUAUAAACAUUCUUUUACGAUUCAGAACAUAUAAAUUCGUGGUUUCAGCUGACAUAUCAAAAAUGUAUCGUCAAAUUCUCAUAGAUCGAGAGCAUAGACCUUUACAACAGAUACUAUGGCGUGAUAACCCCAAAAGUAACUUUUGCACUUAUCACUUGAAUACAGUUACAUAUGGAACUCGAUCAGCUCCAUAUCUGGCUAUCAAGUGUAUUAAGACGCUAGCGGAACACAAUAUGAAUCAAUACCCCAAAGCCUGUGAAACAAUACUAAAGGACAUGUACGUGGACGAUUUGUUGACCGGUUCUAACGAUUUAAUAGAAUUACAAAAAUUAUGCAAAGACAUAUAUGAUGUCUUAUCAUCCGCUAAUUUCAUUUUAAGAAAGUGGAUUUCUAAUAAUUUUCAAGUAGUUUGUGGCUUCAAAGAUAACAAUAUCUCAAAUGCAAUUUUAGAUAUAGGUGAUAAAGAAAGUUGUAAAACUUUGGGAAUCCAAUGGGACAAUAAAAAUGACAUUCUAAAAUAUACAAUUAAACAAUUUACUCAUCGAAACACAAUUACUAAACGUCACAUUCUUUCAAUUAUUGCUCAAAUUUACGAUCCUUUAGGGUUAUUGAGCCCUUCAAUAGUUAUUGCUAAAUUAAUAAUACAGAAAUUAUGGUCCCUACACAUUAGAUGGGAUGAGCCUAUUCCACAAGAUAUAGAACAAACUUGGUAUCGAUUUCAGAAUGAACUUGGCAGUUUAAAUCAAUUAUCUAUUCCUAGAAAUGCUAUUUAUUUAAACUAUGUACUUACAGAUGUCCAUUGCUUCUGCGAUGCAUCGAGAGAUGCAUAUUCAUGUUGCAUAUACUUACGCAGUGUUGACGAUAGCGGAAAUUAUAACAUUCAAUUACUAUGUGCCAAAACCAAAGUGUCGCCACUGAAGACAAUAACAAUUCCAAAACUUGAAUUGUGUGCUUGUCUUCUAGGAGCACAACUAGUAAAUACUGUGGUCAAUGCCCUCAAUUUAAAAAAUAUUCAUUAUUGUUUGUGGUCCGAUUCUCAAGUCGCCCUAUGUUGGAUUAACACGGAACCCAAUUUAUUACAGACCUUUGUUGCUAAUCGCGUAUCUAAAAUACAAUCUCUCACGAAAAUUGAAAAUUGGAGGUAUGUUAGUACUAAGGAAAACCCUGCAGAUUUAGCAUCUCGAUCUAUAAUGCCUAAAAUGCUGAUGUCAAGUGCAAUUUGGUGGAAAGGACCUCAAUUUUUAUUGUUACAAUCAUCAGAUUGGCCAAUUACUAAUUUUUCAAUUUCUAAACACGAUCUCCCAGAACUAAGAAAAUCUAAAACUAUUUUGGUCAUAUCACAACAUACAAAAAUUUGUGAUUUAUUUACAAAAUUCUCUUGUUUACAACGAUUAAAAAGAGUCACAGCAUAUUGUAUGCGUUUUAUCAAUAAUGCACGAAAAUCUGAUACCAAAGUUAUUGGCCCAUUAUCAGUUGAAGAAUUGGAAAACACCAAUACUAUUUUAAUUAAAUUAUCUCAAAUGGAAUCAUUUUCCGAGGAGCUAGAAUUACUUCGUCAAAACAAGCAAUUAGAUGCUAAACAUAAAUUUGCCUCAUUAGCGCUCUUUAUUGAUGAGAAAGGAAUCAUCAGAGUUGGGGGACGAUUAAAAAAUACUUACUUACCAUUUAACAUCAAACAUCCAAUCUUACUCUCAAGUAAACACAAUUUUACCAAGCUAAUUUUUAAUCAUAAACAUAGUCAAUUGUUACACCCAGGACCACAACUAUUAUUAAGUUCGGUUCGACAAUUCUACUGGCCAAACAAACAGUGA